GCAAUUCCAUUUUGUCAUGGAUUAUACGCCCUAUAUAGAGUAAUUUAAAAAAAUUUUAAUAUAAAAUAAAAAAUCGAUCGUAGGUCUCUUAUGAUAAAAAACAAUAAUGUAAUAUAUAUUUUAGGAACAUAUGUAUAAAAUGUUCCUUCCCUUUUUUCCUUUAUUAAACGACACUGUUUCGAUAUUCAACAAUAUAUAUAAAAACAAUAUAAAAAUAAGAAUUAUGAGACUAUAUUCGAGGAUCAUACAUUGCACAAAGUACCGUUGACCAUAUUUAAUCCGUUUGUUUAAGAACAAAGGUACCUGAAGAAAUAUGAAUGAAAAAAUGAUGUGUUCAGCAAAAACACAUAUUUUCACGUAAUUUGUUGUUGCACAUAUAUUUCGAAAGAACACAAAAAGAAAUAUAACGGCUUAAUAUCGUAACGAAACUAUGAUAAAAAAAGACAGGAUUAUGCUUUGUAGAUCGAUUGAAUUAUUACAUCACAAUAAAAUCGGGAAGCAUCGAGAAUAAUGGAGGAGCUGAACGAAAGUCAUCAAAUGAUCGGAUGCAACUCGAUAAUACGUUCGGCGUGUAUUGAGUUUCAAAGAUAAAAUAUAAGUAAACGUAGCCGAACGGAUAAACGCCGAGAAGCAGGGAGAAAACUGAGAUAGCUUGGUGGAAGCUUCUCUACAAGGUGAAUAAGAAAGCAGCGACAAGGAAGAACGGCGGCGAUGGAUGUCGCGGUGUGCAUUCACAAAGCAUGAAGAAGGUAGAAGCAAGAAGAGGGGAGAGGAGAAUGAAAGAGAGUGAGAGAGGGAGGGGAAUAAGGAGAAAGAGAAAGAAAGAGAAAGAAAGACAGAUAGAUGGAUAGAUAGAUAGAUAGAUAGACGGAUAGAAAGAGAGAGAGACAGAGAGAGAGAGUGGGAAAGAAAGAAAGACUGAGAGGGGACGGUAGAUGCGUGUAGAUGGUAAAAGACAUCGAUAGAGAGCGCGACGAGCGUCCUCGUCGUUUGGGGGCAUCGUCGGUAGGGAUGGAUGAGGGAGGCGGAGGGAGGUCGGUGAACAGAGCUCGUCCAACCGCGAGAAGGAGCUAGUAGCGCUCCUCCGGCGGUAUGAGGCGGCGUGGGGCUAGGGACGAUGCUUGGGCCGCGACUAGGAGGCACUCGGGAGGCAGGGAGGGCAUGCGAAGGAGCACAGUUCAGUAGUCGCCAUUGCAAGUCCCCCUGUGCUCUCGUAUUCGCGACACUCGUACGCGUGGAGCCGAUUUUCCGCUAACCUAAACUCCCCGCGAGGGCCCAAAGUGUGCCCCCCCGAUGCAGAGAUAUUGCACGGAGCUCACCGAAAGAUUAUUAAAAUCCCUUGACAAGGAAUACAAUGUCGUUGACAUGGGAGCUGUUGUUGAUGUCAUUACGGCCCUGGAAAAGACGACGAUCACCAAAGAAGUUCUGGAGAUUACAAGGCUUGGUAAAUAUAUUAACGAACUACGAAGGAAGACAAAUAAUGAUGCCCUGGCCAAGCGUGCAAAAGAUUUGGUACGUCGUUGGAGAGAUAUGGUUUUACCAUCAGCUCAUUCAACCCCACAACCGACACCUGCUGAUACAGCACCACCUGCCCUUAAUGGAGCAAAGCCUCAUAGUCCAGCCUUAAGAUGUUUCAAACCACAAAGUCCUGCUGUAAGAUGCUUGAAGCCUCAAAGUCCUCUAUUAAGGGAUGCUACUCCUUUAAGAGUUAUCAGCCCAGCUCUAUCUGUGCAUAGUGACCAUUCACGGUCUCCUAAUGCAGCUUCAAAUAAGCAGUCAAUUACACUUACUAGCAACCACCGGAUAAGUUCGGAUGUACCUCCCACACAUAGCUCUUCGAGUCAGAAUCACUUGAUAGAAGCAGUGCCACGGACCCACAGUUCCAAUAAACGACUUCGAAAAGAUGUUUGUAAGGACCAACAUAAUUACCAGGAACAUGAAUCAGACUCGAUUACAGAAUGUGAGCCAUUCGUUAAAAGACAGCGUUUGAAUGGCGAAAACAUAAGUGGUAAUUUAAAUUCGCAAGUGCCUAGCCCUACAUUGAAAGAACGAAUUUCCCAUCAUUUUGUGGAGUCUUCCACUAAUCCUGAUGAUUCAGGUCCAAAAAAACGUGGUAGGAAAAAAGGCAGUAAGUCUAUAAAGAAGCAACCAUACAUAGAGGACCGUGUUAAAGAAAAACUAGCCAGUAUUUCAAGAAAUCCUAAGUUAAAGACAACACAAGAAUUGCUGGCUGAUUUACAAGCACGUGGCUCAAAUUCUAGCAUUAAUUCAAAUGCUCUACCUAGUCAAAGUGUAGAACCACCAAGUAUGGAAGAUGUUUUGAGGAGUAAUAAUGAACAAGUAUCCAAGUUCCUGCGUUGUACUCCAAACAAUACAUCUCACAAAAGUACAGUUUCUGAAACUUCUUUACAAAAUCGGUUAAAAUCUACAGAAAACUGUUGUGAAAUAUCAUCCAAGUGUCAAGAAACAAGUGCAGUGUACGAAGAAAGUCCAAGUACGCAAAACCAACCACAAUCACAUCAAGAUUUAUCGGUUGAGGAGAUACUGGCAAAGUUACCACCAUUAGAUCCAAGUUCGAUAGACUGGAGUGAUUGUGAAACUGAACCCAAUGAAGAUCAAAAUGGUACAGUGUAUCCACCUCAAGAAGUUACUACAGAGGACCUUGAAAGAUUACAUACGCAGUGCAUAGAAGGUCUCAAUGGGAAUUAUCAACCAAAAUUAUUGUCUCUCGCUAGUAACAAUGAAACGUCAGAAAAAGAGGAAGGAGUGUCAGAAUUGAAUGUAAUGAACUGUGAGCAUAGCCAAACUGGUGAAGAAUUUCGAGAAUGGCACCAGAUGCUGGCAAGGCCCAGUUGUGAUGGCCAAAUCCUCCACAUAUUGCCUUAUGUUAUUAUUGAUUAGUAAUUUUAUUAUUCUAUUCUAUUAUUACUCUCUGCAAUUUGUGAGAAGAACCCUGCAAAAAUUAAAUCGAUUGAUUUAUGAUCAAUCUAUUAAAACAAUUUCUAUUGCAA